ACUUCGGCAAGAUGGUUUCGUCAUAAAUCGACAAACGAUUUUGUACGCAAACAAACAGUGAUCGAGAUUUCAAUAGUAUAGUGCGUGAUCCUACGUAUUUAUCUUACAUUAAUUCAAUUAGGACACAAUUAAGACGUCAGUUUAAAUUCGGACACAAUCCAAUGUUUUAUAAUAUAGUGUCGAAGGAUUGUUCCAAUGCACGAUUAUAGGAUUUUCUUUUUGAAAGAGAAUGCUCUUCGCUGAUUUUUUCUUGAAACUUACAGUAUUUACUGAAUUUAUUGUGUUCCAAGUUAUCAGGAUUUAGAGAGUUUUAAAAUUAGACUCUCUCUUAGUGACUGAUUGAUAUAUCAUUAAAAGAUGAGUGCCAGACUUCUAAAAGAUCCUGCUACAGCGUCCAGUCGCAUAUUUGUGGGUCAUUUACAAACUGAUGAUGUUACAAAGUUAGAACUGGAAGAAUAUUUCUCCAAAUAUGGAAUUGUUAUAGCAUCGAUAAUAAACAGAGGCUUUGGAUUUGUACAAUUUGAAGAUGAACAAUCUGCUCAGAAAGCUAUACAGCAUGAAAAUGGUGCACUGUUUAAAGGCAGACGUAUAGAUGUCAGACCAGCAAAGAAGGAUAAUAAUCAAUCUAGUGGAAAUGCAGGAAAUACAAGUGCAAAGCAAAUGAGUGGACUGAACAAUCAAUUUAAUUCCAUGAAUAAUCAAUUCAAUAAUGCGACUGAUUCUUUCAGUGCAAAUAAACCAAAUUAUAUCGGCGGGAAUCCAAACUUUGCGAAUGAUAGUACUUUUGGUAACAACCAAAAGGACUUAAAUGCUCAAAAUAGAAGCAGUGGAAACAGUAACUUUGAUGAUGGAAAUCAAACAGGAAAUAGUGACAAUGACCAAUAUAAUGGAAAACAUAAUAAUAAUAAUAACAAUGGAAACGAUCCUUUUAGUAAUCCCCCUCAAAACCGUGGAAACAAUCAAUUCAAUUUAGGUAAUCCAAAUCGUGGAAAUGAUCAAUUUGCUAAUCCGGUUCACGGCAAUCAAAAUAGAGGCCUCAACAAUCAGUUUGGAAAUAAUAAUCAGAUGGGAAAUCAGAAUAGGCCCGGAGGAAAUCAGAAUCGAAAUCAAACUAAUCCAGGCAAUAACCAAAAUCAAAAUGCUGGUUCUGGUGGGGGAGGCGGAAACAAUACUCAUAGAGCUCGAGGCACAAGAGGUGGAAAGAAUAGAAACAAGAAUAAUCAGAACAAUCCAAACAAUGCGAAUAAUUUCAGAGAUAGAAGCCCAAUUAAUAGAGGUAAUCGAAUAGAAGACAAAAUAAAUAGAGAUUGGGAUCACAAACAAGGAGAUAGACUACGUGGCAACAAUUUUGCCAGAGAUUCAUUUAAUGACAGUGGAAAUCGUUAUGAUGAUUUUAAAACUUCUGGAACAAAUGCGAGUUUUGGAAAUGUUAGUGGAACCUCAGUGGAUUAUCUCACAACUGAGAAAAACGACUGCGAAAUAAUCGUCGUCAAUAAAGCAUUAACGAAAUAUGCAGAAGAUAUCGAAUUACGAUUGAAGCAAAUCGGCUUAAUGGUAGACUUGCUGUUUCCGAACGAGGAUGUUCCCUUAGGCCGUGUUUUAGGAAAUAUUGCAAGUCGCGGUUGCCUAUACGCCGUAGUAGUAACACCCAUCAAUCAUGAACAUCAUUCCUUGACGCUGAAUAUUUUACACGGUUUACCACAAGAACACAGGAACAUGCCUGUUGAAGAUGCUAUAAAUUUAAUUUCGCGAGAUUUUACGAAUUACAAAGCAGGUGGCCGUUCGGUUCCUUUGAACACACCUCUCGCGAGUGAACAUCAUCCGGACGCUAUUCAAGUUUUACUAAACAUGCUAGCUGACAAUCAUCAGCUUACGGUCCUACAGUACGAUCGCGUCAUAAAGUAUCUUGAUAUGAAACGCGAGGAACAAAUGCAAAUUGAAUUGGGCGACGCGAAGGAUUUGCCGGUAAAAACGCCACUCACAUCCAUUAGCGAUCCGAAACAAGCUGAGUUACAGACGCGAAUACUGAAUAUUCUGAACAACAGUAAAACAAACGCGCCGACAGUGGCGGAACCAAGCCCAGUACCACCACCAGUUUCGGCACCAGUUCCAGUUCCUCCAGCUAAUUGGGGGACAGCAUCAAACACGGCCACAACACCAUCCACGACGACCACAUCCACGGGAGUUUCACCGUCACCUCUUCUAAACGAUCCGACAGUUCAGAAAGCUCUCGACAGUCUAUUGCAAGGUAAUCUAUUGAAAAAUAUUGGCGAUCAGCAACCACCAACAGCGACGGCCAGCGGAGCGCCAUUAUUUGCUGCUUUUUCAAAUAUCGGUAGAUUUUAAUUAGGAUAUAAAUUUAAUUAACACAUAAUUUAUAUCUCUUACAUAAUUUUUAAUAUUCUUUAUAUUUUCUUGAUUUUAUUCGAUAAAUGUAUACAACUGCAAAAGAUUUAUCAAUAAAAAACAAUUAGAGAAGCAGCACGUUGAUGAACAUAAGUAAUAUUUUAGUACAUUGUAUAUUAAUUGUGUAAAAUGAUAAAUUUAAAGUAAGAAAUUUAAAUAUAACUCUAAAAACACAACAAUUAUAAUCGACAUGAUUAUUGUUAUUGCCUACAUGUAUGGUAUCGUUGAUAAUAUAUUUCUCUCUGAAUACAUAAUAAAGUGAUUAUAUGUGUUUGAA